CCUGCCUCUGUGUUUUUGUCUAUGCUUGGAAUGGAAACCUCCCGCAACAAAAACCCAUGGAGGGCUUCCAAGACGGAAAUCAUCACUAGCCUGGGCUCCCUCCCUACUGUAGCCACUCCCGGCAAAUCGUAAUGUGUUGGCAUCGCUCAGGCAUUGUCCGUCCUGUCAGGAACCCUGAAGGAGGCUGUGGCAGGCCAUGGCCUCUUCUAGAGAUGACCCUGUGGAAAGACUUCAGGACGAGGUGUCUUGUUCCAUCUGCCUGGAGUACCUGAGGGAUCCGGUGACCAUCGACUGUGGCCACAACUUCUGCUACGCCUGCAUCUCCAAUUACUGCGAGCGGGGAGCUGCUUCAGCGAUGGGUGCGGCUCUUUGCCCACAGUGCCGGGCUGGCUUCCUGCUGAGCAGCUCGCGCCCCAACAAACAACUGGCCAGCAUUGUGGAGGGCAUCGAGCGUCUGGCUCUGCGACCAGGCCGAAGCCUCAGCGAGGGCCUGUGUGAGAGGCAUGGCAAGAAGUUGCGCCUUUUCUGCCAGGAUGAUGGGGAGCCCAUUUGCCUGGUGUGUGACAAAUCCCGAGAGCAUCGUUCGCACACUGUCCUGCCCAUCGAGGAAGCAGCCCAUGAAUACAAGAUGAAGCUUCAGGAAGCUGUGGAUUUUCUGAGGAAAGUGCUGGGAGAAGCAACCAAGUUGGAAGCCCAAGAGGAAGAGAAAACAGCCCAGUGGAAGGAGAAAGUGGAGCAACGCAGAGCGUUAAUUGUAUCAGGGUUCAAGAGACGGCGCCAGGCAAUAGAUGAGGAAGAGCAGUUGCUCCUGAGAGAGCUUGAAGAGGAAGAACGUGGCACGUUGAAGAAGUUGCAAACGAAUUGGGCAUUCAUGCUGGGGCAGUGUGCCAGUCUGCAAGACCUGAUCUCUGAGAUGGAACUCAAAUGCCAGCAGCCAGCUGCCUCUCUGCUCAAGGAUGUGAAAAACACCUUGGCCAGGAGUGAAAAGGUGUCGUUGCCAGAACCACAGCUCGUUUCUAUAGAUCUACCGGAUUUGUAUGAUGUCCCUGGGUUGAUGGAGUCGCUCCAAAGAUACAGAGCGUCAGUGACCUUUGACCCUGAAUCAGCCAAUCCCUACCUGGUCCUAUCAGAAGAUCUGCUGAGCGUACAAGUCGGGGAUCGGAGGCAAGAUGUGCCCAAGAGCUUGGUGCGCUUUGAGACGUGCACCUGCUUGCUGGGGCGGGAACGGUUCACAUCUGGAAGAUACUACUGGGAAGUCCACGUGGGGAGCAAGUCCAGCUGGACCCUCGGUGUGUGCCGAGAAUCUGUGAGUCGGCAGGGGAUCUUCACACCCUCGCCUGCAACGGGUUUCUGGACAGUGUGGCUGAGGAAUGGAGACGAGUACGCUGCUCUCACUUCCCCCCUGACGGAGCUGGUGCUCAGGGUGAGGCCUAGUGCAAUAGGCAUCUUCUUGGACUAUGAUGGAGGCGAGGUCUCCUUCUAUAAUGCAGAUAACGGGUCCCACAUCUUUAGCUUCACAGACUCUUUCACAGGGACCCUUCGGCCAUACUUCUAUCCAGGGGUCCGGGCAGGCGGCCACAAUGACGCUCCACUUGUCAUUCAACCAGCGUCAUGCCCGACCCCAGAAAUAUCUUGCCCUUCCUCACAGUGAGGCCUUUUCAUGUCCCUGUGGAACCCACAACCACUUUAUAGAAAUAAGGAUUAGAGACAUCUGUGCUGAACCAAACAACAAAGAGAAGAAGAUUCAGACGGUGUGCAGUAUCUGACCAAUGACCAGACUUGAAGUUGGAGAAGUAUUUUCUUCCAGGACAUGUUGACCAAUGACUCUGGAAGGUUGGGUGUAUUGCUUUCCUGAAAAUAUGUAACAUGGCUCGCUUCCUUGAGCUGCUCUGGAGCUCUUUGCCUUGCAUGCCAUUUAUACUUACACCCAAGUAUAAAUGAUUUUCUACACUUGCUGGGGCACAAUUUGCAAUGUGUGGGUUGAGCUGAUGGUUGGAGGGCCAAGUCUUACGGCAAGGGGGUGGAUUGAAUGAAUAUUUGGUGCUUUCCAACUCACGAAUUGUCUAGAGCUUCCUUUGUAGCAGAACUGAGGGCCAAGCUACAAGUGACGAAUGACAGUUGAAUGGCAAGUGGAUUGAGUGGAGCGCAAGUGGAGGGCAAGUGAACAGGGAGGAAUACAGGGCCAAGCUACAAGUGACGAAUGACACUUGAACAGCAAGUGGAUUGAGUGGAGGGCAAGUGAACAGGGAGAAAUACACUUGCCGUUCAAGUGUCAUUCAUCACUUGUAGCUUGGCCUACACUUGCCGUUCAAGUGUCAUCCAUCACUUGUAGCUUGGCCCUAAGAGUAAGAGCAGCUGGAUGUCUUUCCCUUGCAAGUAUCUUUAUUUUGAUAGGUGCUACUGGCUCAUGUAUACUGCAUGUUGGAUCCUGCCAUUCAUACGGCCUUUUCUUUAUGGGAGAGAUUGCUUCUUAAAGUCUUGUAGAGCUUGGAAGGUCUGUUAUAGGUCACUGAUGUCAUGAUGACAUUUCACGAAGUGUCUGUGACAUCAGAGGUCCAGAACUUCGCUGUCUUCCUGUAUUCGCAGUUGCUUUUUGCAUGUUGGUAGGUAGCAUGCCUCCAUUUGCAACCCUUUGAUGCUGACCUGGACUAAAGCAGGGCUGGGGUUAGCUUGAUCAUCAAGGGUUUCACCCUCUGCUAAAGGAAAAGAGUCUCAGGGCCAAGCUACACAUGACAAAUGACACUUGAAUGGCAAGUGUAUUUCUCCCUAUUCACUUGCCCUCCACGCAAUCCACUUGCCGUUCAAGUGUCAUUCGUCAUGUGUA